AUGGCUUCCAAGGUCGACUUACCAAAGGGCGGGCCUGACUCGCCCAGCGGCCUUGUUCUCAAGGUCGUUAUUAUGAGGGGCCGGAACUUGGCAGCCAAAGAUCGGUCAGGAACAUCGGAUCCCUACCUCGUCCUCACUUGCGGCGAUUCACGAAUCCAAACGCACACAGUCCCUAAAACUCUCAAUCCCGAUUGGAACACCAUUGAGGAGAUCCCCAUCACCUCCUACCAGAACCUCCUGCUCGAUGUGGUCUGCUGGGACAAGGACCGCUUUGGCAAGGAUUAUAUGGGUGAAUUUGAUCUCGCUCUCGAGGAGAUUUUCGCCAACCAGAGGUCUGCCCAAGAGCCAAAGUGGUACCCUCUCCGGAGUAAACGUCCAGGGAAGAAGACGGGUUACGUCUCGGGCGAGUUGCAGCUUCAGUUUACACUGAUCGACACAUCCAGCAAGAAUGCGACCCCACGCCAGAUUCUUGACAAGCUGGGCAACUUGGCCAGAUCCGCCCCAGGCCCUGGGCUAGAUUCGUCCCGAAACAUUACUCCUAGCAGGACGCCUGUUCUCGCGCCGACCAUCGUUCCCAGAUCUGUGCCAGCUUCUUCCUCCAGAGGCGGGACUAGUGAUGAUGAAGAGGACGACCUGGAAUUGGACGCAGAGGAGAGUGAUAUUGGCGGCGAUCCCGAGGACAAGCGCAAGCGCCGCCUUCGAAUCAAGGGGCUUCGAAAAAGGAAGCAAAACCCUUACGCCUUCACCAACGGCGAUUCUGAUGUCAUGGGUAUUAUUUUCCUUGAAAUCUGCCGAAUCACAGAUCUGCCUCCGGAGUCAAACCUAACUCGCACGAGCUUUGACAUGGACCCAUUUGUUGUGGCCUCUUUGGGCAAGAAGACCUAUCGUACCAAACGCAUCCGGCACAGUCUCAACCCCGUAUACAACGAGAAGAUGAUCUUCCAGGUCCAACCCCACGAGAAGGCCUAUUCCUUUGCCUUUACCGUCAUUGACCACGACAAGUACUCGGGCAAUGACUUUGUGGCCUCUUGCACUCUUCCGAUCCGAGAGAUCAUUGAGAAGGCUCCCAAGGCGGACCCUGAGACUGGCCUAUAUGAGCUACGCGAACCUUCUGCUCUGAGCAAACAGAGAUCAUCAAGCAAGAGCCGUCUCAAGCGCCUGGGUCUGUCAAGGACCUCCUCCACGUCAAGUCUGAGCAAGAUAAUCCGCCCCGGAUUAUCCAAGAAUGCGUCUAGCGCGAGUUCCGUAGCUCCAUCAGUCGCUGGAGACGCUGCUGCUGGUCGUGGCAACGGCAACGGUAAUGGCAGCGGAAAUGCCAGUGGGACUCUCCUAGCACCACCUGCCGACGGCCUUUCAACUCCUACAAACGAGCUGACAGACCCAAUGUCAGACGCAGACGAGAUAGAUCCUGACUUCAUUGAUCUGGAAAUUCCACUGGUUCUGAAGAACUUGGACAAGUGGGAGGCCAAGCAUAGCCCGGUUAUUUAUCUGCGGGCUAAAUAUAUGGCUUAUCCCGCACUCCGACAGCAGUUUUGGCGUGCUCUCCUGCGACAAUACGACACUGAUAGAAGUGGGCGCAUCAGCCGGGUCGAGAUGACGACCAUGUUGGACAGCAUUGGCUCAACGCUGAGGGAAACGACCAUCGACGGUUUCUUCCAACGAUUCCCUCAUGGCGAUGAGGAAGAGUGGGAGUUGACAAUGGAUGAAGCUGUAAUCUGCCUUGAGGAGCAGCUUGAAGCCAAGAGCAAACCGAAGAGUGUAGGAGACAAACUCAAGAAGAUGGUGCCUGAUAUGAAGAGCCUGAAUCUGCUCGGCAGGUCUGGUGACCCAGGUAGUGCCUCCGCCUCUGGUACCUCAACCCCGCAGAUCUCCAUCGAGGCAUCGGAACCCACAUUGAAUGCUUCGUCUUCUGAUUUCCGGAUCGCUGGGGAUGAGAGCGACAGCCCGGAUCGGGAUGACCUCAAUGAUGAGGAACACGUCGUCGAGAUUCGAGAAUGCCCCAUCUGUCACCAGCCCCGUCUCAACAAGCGCAGCGAUACAGACAUUAUUACUCACAUCGCCACAUGUGCUAGUCAAGAUUGGCGGCAAGUCAACAAUGUUCUGGUGUCCGGCUUUGUCACAGCCAGCCAGGCCCAGCGCAAGUGGUACUCGAAAGUCAUCACGAAGAUCUCAUACGGUGGCUACAAGCUUGGAGCCAACUCGGCCAACAUUCUUGUCCAAGACCGAAUCACAGGUCAGAUUAAUGAAGAAAAGAUGAGUGUCUACGUUAGGCUCGGUAUUAGAAUGUUGUACAAGGGCUUAAAGUCGCGUGAAAUGGAGAACAAACGAAUCCGAAAAAUGCUCAAGAACCUUAGCAUCAAGCAGGGCAAGAAAUUUGAUGAUCCUGCAUCUCGAGAAGAAAUUGAGAAGUUCAUUGAAUUUCACAGGCUCAAUAUGGAGGAGGUGCUCCUACCUCUCAACGAGUUCAAUAACUUCAAUGAAUUCUUCUACCGAGCUCUGAAGCCCGGCGCUCGACCCUGCUCUGCCCCGGACAACUCAAAGAUCAUCGUGUCACCUGCAGACUGCCGCAGUGUGGUCUUCAAUGAAAUAUCGCAAGCGACCAGUGUCUGGGUCAAGGGUCGUGAGUUCAGCAUGAAGAGACUCCUUGGUGAUGCCUAUCCCGAGGAUGUCUCUCGCUUUGAUGGCGGAUCCCUGGGUAUUUUCCGUCUGGCCCCUCAAGAUUAUCACCGCUUCCACAUGCCGGUGGAUGGAAUAAUGGGCGAGCCCAGAACAAUUGAGGGUGAAUACUAUACAGUGAACCCAAUGGCCAUUCGCUCAGCACUCGACGUCUAUGGUGAGAACGUCCGUGUUCUCGUCCCUAUUGAUAGCGAGCAGCAUGGAAGGGUAAUGGUGAUCUGCGUGGGAGCUAUGAUGGUGGGUAGCACUGUCAUCACGGCCACAGCCGGCCAACAAGUGAAGCGUGCGGACGAACUUGGUUACUUCAAAUUCGGUGGCAGUACAAUUCUGCUGCUAUUCGAACCUGGCAAGAUGUUGUACGACGAUGAUCUGGUUGAUAAUUCCAGCAGUGCCCUUGAGACUUUGGUUCGUGUUGGUAUGUCAGUUGGCCAUUCUCCUGAUGAGCCACAGUGGACUCCAGAUAUGCGCAAGGACGAGCAGGAGAUUACAGAUGCCGAGAAGAAGGAGGCCAAGCGCCGGAUCCAGGGCAGCGCUGCUGUGGAAGACUCGCCUGAGGGCAGCGGAGAAGAUGAACCGAGGCACAGCAGGAAACCGUCCGCAGCUCCUACGGUUAACACUCUAGCUGCCUCGGCAAUGUAA